UUCAACACAACACAACACAACGGGGAGACAUGGCAGCGCCUUUGGUCACCUUAGAUGAGGAAUGGCAGGACUUUUACGAGGUGAAAGAGUGGAGCCCUGGACAGGGCCAGGGCCAGGGGUAUGGAUGUGGAUGUGGACCUGGUCAGGGAGUGGACAGCGAGAACCUGAACGAGUUGAACCUGGGUUCGGGGAGGGUCGGGUUCGGUGAGGAACUCGGAGAGAUGGACAACUUCACCAGUGAGAUGAUGAGUUUCAAGUCCAUGGAGGACUUGGUCCACGAUUUCGACGAGAAACUGAACGUGUGUUUCCACAAUUACAACCAGAAGACCGAGGUGUUGGCACCGGUGAAGCAGCAGAUGUCCGUCACCAAACAGCAGGAGGACAGGGACAGGGACCCCCAGGAGGACCUCAUUCGAGAUGAUGAGAUCUGGGACGCUCUGACCGAUAACUAUGUGACAAGUGGCUGUGAGGACUGGAGGGUGGCCAGGUUACAGGAGCUGAACAUGAACCUGACCAACAUGGAGAGCAUCGACAAGGAGGCAAUCACUGAGGAGGGGGAGCUGAUCGAGAAGAUAGACUUCAUCGUGUCCUCAACCAGUGACGAGCCUCUGUUCACAGCCGAUCAGGUGAUUGAGGAGAUCGAGGAAAUGAUGCAGAAUUCUCCCGACCCAGAUGAGGAAGAGGAGGAAGAGGAGGAGGUGACGUCUCAGUCUGACAAGCUGUCUGUCUGCUCACAGGAGGAGACCGAGGUCAAGAUGACCCAAAGCAGCAGCCCGGCAGACGAUGUGAGGCAGAUGCCCGAGGCGGGGCUGAGGGGGCUGCUGGAGGAGAUCGAGGGGGAGACCAGGGGGUACUCGGAGGAGCUGAUCCAGCAGCUGGCUCUCCGCGACGAGUUGGAGUUCGAGAAGGAGGUGAAAAACAGCUUCAUCUCCGUCCUGAUUGAGGUGCAGAACAAACAGAAGGAGCAGCGGGAAUCAUUGAAGAGGAAAAAGAAGGAGAAGGGAGGGAGCCCCCAGAGCAGCCGGCCUGAGAGGGGCAACCACAUGCCCAUCAAACGAUUCAGCAUGGAAGGGAUCUCCAGUGUUAUUCAGAGCGGCAUUCGUCAAACCUUCGGCAACUCGGGCAGCGACAGACAGUAUCUCACCACGGUGAUUCCUUAUGAAAAGAAGGGAGUUCCUCCAACUGUUGAGGAUCUUCAGAUACUCACGACAAUUCUUCUGGCGAUGAAGGAGGAGAGUGAGAAGGUGCCGGUGUUACUGACUGACUACAUUUUAAAGGUUUUGUGCCCGACUUAGCUCGGGCCGUGCCCUGGGGGAGGGCAAGGACAGGCUUGGCUUGGCUGCCAGACUCCUGCUUACAGACUGCAUCUCAAAGCCACAGUAACUGCAGCAUGUUCACCAAGCAACCAUACCCAACUUGCCAUCAUCUGAAGGGAACGUCCUGAAGCCAAACCACGGAACACAACUCCUUGCCGCCCGACCGGGGCCACAUUCCCAAUUUGCAAACAGUUUUUUUUA